AUGAGCUUGGAAAGCGGGAGCCCCUCCGCCGCCCCCCCGGACCCUCUCGGCAUGAGCUCCGCCAGCUGCGGCAACGGGAAGCUCCGCCAGUGGCUGAUCGAGCAGAUCGACAGCAACAAGUACCCGGGGCUGGUCUGGGAGAACGAGGAGAAGAGCAUCUUCCGCAUCCCUUGGAAGCAUGCCGGCAAGCAGGACUACAACCGCGAGGAGGACGCCGCGCUCUUCAAGGCUUGGGCUCUGUUUAAAGGAAAGUUCAGAGAAGGCAUCGAUAAACCAGAUCCUCCGACUUGGAAGACACGGCUACGGUGUGCUUUGAACAAGAGCAAUGACUUUGAAGAACUGGUUGAAAGAAGCCAGCUGGAUAUAUCAGAUCCAUAUAAAGUGUACAGAAUAGUACCAGAAGGAGCAAAAAAGGGAACAAAGCAGCUUAGUAUGGAAGAGCCACAGAUGAUUAUGAACAAUGCCUACACCAUGAAUUCAUCAUACUCUGCACUGCAGCCUCAGAUGCCAGGCUACAUGAUGACUCAUGACCGUAAUUGGAGAGAAUAUGUUCCAGAGCAAUCACACUCGGAUAUUUCGUACCAGUGUGCAACUGUGCCUUUCGCAGCUCGUAAUCAUCACUGGCAAAGUCCAGCAUGUCAGAAUGGUUGUCAGGUGACUGGAACCUUUUAUGCUUGUGCACCACCUGAGUCUCAGGUUCCUGGGAUCCCAAUAGAGCCAAGCAUAAGGUCUGGUGAAGCUCUUCCAUUGUCAGAUUUUCGAUUGCACAUCUGUUUAUAUUACCAUGAAACGCUUGUGAAAGAAGUCACAACUACAAGUCCUGAGGGCUGUAGGAUAUCCCACGGCCAAAGUUAUGAAGUCAGUGGCCUAGAUCAAGUUCUGUUCCCUUACCCAGAAGAUCAUAGCCAGAGAAAAACAACUGAAAAAAUGCUAAAUCACCUGGAAAGGGGAGUAAUACUCUGGAUGACACCUGAUGGACUUUAUGCUAAGAGACUCUGUCAGAGCAGGAUCUAUUGGGAUGGGCCUCUUGCUCUUUGCAGUGACAGGCCUAACAAACUAGAAAGAGAACAAACAUGCAAACUUUUUGAUACACAGCAAUUUUUAUCAGAACUACAAGCAUUUGCUCACCAUGGGCGGCCAUUGCCUCGAUUCCAGAUCGUCUUAUGUUUUGGAGAGGAGUUUCCAGAUCCACAAAGGCAGAGAAAACAAAUUACUGCCCAUGUUGAACCAAUGUUUGCGAGGCACCUAUAUUAUUUUGCACAGCAAAACACUGGACCUUUUCUAAGAGGCUAUGAUAUCCCAGAACAAGUCACCAGUUCAGAAGACUAUCACCGAUCUAUUCACCAUUCAGCUGUUCAAGAAUAAGCACACGAUGAACACUGGUACUUGACGUGUCAUUGUGAACGUUUGGCAUGUUGGAGGAGUUAUUUGAUCACAACUAAAGGAUGUAAAUCAAUAGUUGUUUUUCCCCUAGGAAGUGAAUGAUGGAAAAUCCACAAGGACUGGAUACAGACAAACUGAGAAUGCAGUACAAUAGAUAUGGGUUGCACCACCCCUGCAUUUUUGGAGGAUUGCUGGAUCGCAAGUUUAGGUGUGAAAACUGACAAAAUAUCUGAUAUGUUUACAUGUUCUUAAAUGAGGACAGUGUUUUGUAGACAAUCUGAGCUUGUUUCAGAUUCCUAGUUAUUUAUUUGAUGAAAAAUCUCAGGGUACAAACUGCUAGAUUGAGGCAGCAGUUUAUUAUAAUAUAUGGCACUCAAAAAUACAUAAAAUUCAUUGAAAUUUAAUUAUUUUGAAAGUUUUAUAACAUUGCUAU